AUGUCAUGUCUUAUGUUGUCGUUUCUGAAGUGGAAUCAAGUGUUGCACUCGUUUUACAUCGGAAUCACUCCUAAGAAGCACAGGAAACACAUGAGAACUCAUUACAACUGCUUUGUGGCCACCGAUGCCGUCGAUUGGAUCUUAAAUUAUCUUCAAUUCAGUCCACACUUUGCCGGACAACAGAUCUCGAGAUUCCAAGCCAUAAACCUAUUGCGGAAAUAUCUGGAGACGGAUGUCAUCGAGAGAGUGGACGCGAGGAAAGCGGGCCAACAGUUUCAGGACAACAAAGAGUUGUAUCGAUUCACACGACAGGCCAACGAAAACCUGCCUUUUAUUUCGUCUUCAAAUCUCAAUCCAAAGCAAAUGCCUUCGACUCCGAAGUCACUGAAAAGUGAUGAUCAGAUCCCAGAACUCAUUAAACAAAUGUCUUUAACCGAAAAGAGCGAUGCAUUUAAGGAAAUAUUUUUCGAUAAAUUGGUGGCAUUUGUGCCAAAUGUGGACGACUUUGUGCGAAGGGAUGACAUCAUAUCACUGACUUUAAUGCAUAACAUGACUCGAGUCAGUGCUAACGGUGUGGUCAGACUCACCGACAGGACUGAAGAUUUGCCGCAUUGGGUGGUGUCAGCCAUGAAGUGUUUGGCUAAUUGGCCCAAAGCGUCGGGAAGUGACAGUUGUUUACCGAAAUACCCGGGCUUUGAAAACGAUGUGUUUGCUGUUGUUCGGGAUUACUUCAUCAAUAUAGGCAUCCCUUUGAUUCCCAACCAAUUGUAUGCUCUAAUCACUCACAUAUACGACAAACACACGGCCAGUCCUACGUUCGCGUCUAUCAACCAUCGCCUCAAUCGUAAUCACAAACCAAAAGCCAUUGAAAUCCCGACACCUAUUCUUUGCUGUCAGAAACAACAGAACACUUCGACACCAAUAGUUGAAUCUCAAGCGCCGACAACCGUAGAGCUGCCGCCCAAUCAUGUCUUCGAGACAGUGUUUAUGGGAGAGACGCCGGUCACCAAAAUCGUGUCCAUCGAUGAACUCAAUAAUCUCUUUGCGAAUAACUCUCGUAUUAAAAGUUGUGAUUCAUUUUGUGACAAAUAUUCUGCAAUUAAUCGUCAGACACACCAAAAGUUUGAAAACAGUCGUUAUGUCGAAGCGAUUACUACUAUUCCUCGAAACCGAAGGCAACUGUUGUAUAAAAGUCCGAUCACUGAAAACAUUUACAAAAGCAAAUACCAAUCGCCAGAAUCGAGUGCCGGAAGUCCUAACAGUUAUUAUAACUUUGGGUUUGCAAUGCAGAGCCCCACAGAAGAUGGAGAGUAUAUGGAGAGCAAAAGCGUGUCCUCCCUGUCCUCCAUUCACAUGAGUCCUGUUUCGCGUAACAGUCAAUACGACAACUUAAGCGCUCAGUUCUCCAAGUCUUCCAACAAUUCGUCCGACAAUUCCAAUACAAUAGUCAAUCAAAACUCAGACAAACUCGUGGAAUCUCUGCGAUUGAGUCUCUUUCUGAUGCCCUCUCCUAACAGAAGGCAUUUACACCUCUUAUUAAGACUCCUCUUAAAGAUCAUUCAGAAUAAAGAAAUUCAUUUCCGUUUCUACGAAAACAUUUCUAUUAAAGAAUAUAUUCUCAAGACAUUCACACGAAGUAUAUUAUGCGCCCAAAAGGAGAGCAGUUAUAAUGAAAUGAAAGCACAGAAAAUAGUGUGUCUUUUACUCGACAAUUGCAAAGAUAUGUUUAAAGUGCCCGAAGAUGUGGUCGAAGGCGUCGACCGAUUGCUCGUUGAAAGAGCCAAAAAGAGUCUAUUUGGCGAUAAUCAAGAUCUCCAGUAUUGCCAGAAAGUAACUGCCGAUGAGUUUGAGCUGCAAAGGGAUGUGAUGUCUGAGUACGCGUUGGCAGACCUUCUCAAGAGUAUUAUGACUGAUGACAGACUCAGUGAUAGGGAUAAACUUAAAUGGAUUAAACAGGUAUUGAAUCUAUUACUUUGUGCCAUCAAUGAUACUGUAUAA